AGUAAGAAGAAGAAGAAGAAUUGAAAUCAACCGACGGACAGAAUUUGCUGCAAUUUUGUUUAAAUCGAUAGUUUAUAAAAUAUUUCUUUGGAACAGACAUGCGCCCUGUUUAGAAAAGUGAAAGAAAUCUUAGAAAACCGACCCAGUGAACCAGUUGUGGUGUGUUGUUUUAGAUUUACCCCAUUUGCUCAAUGAUUUCGUGAAAGUAAUCAACAAAAAACUGCAAGAAACAAACACAUCUGGAUCUGGGAGUACCUUAUAACACAAUCAAAUUUGUCAAUUAUCUAGCGUGGAAUAUCAUUGCCAAGGAGGAAGUUGUAAUCAAUCAUGUUAAGUCUUUGCUGCAGAUAUACCAAAAAUAUUAAUCGAUAUCAUGUGGUCAGUGGACAAAAUGUUGGCGUGUUUUUGCGAUAUGUCGCACCGGCGCUCCGCGUCCAACAAAAGCAUAGCCAAACUUCACAUAUCCCUGUGGAACAACACCAACAAUUACAACAAAGAAAUAAUCAAAUAAAAUCACAAAUGAAUGCUGCCGCCGCAGAAUCCUCGUUAUCCUCGUCAGCAACAACACCGCAAUCCGUUUAUUCAUCAUAUGCUAAGGAUUCAUAUCAACAACAGCAACAAAUGCAUCACAAACAUACACAGCAACAAAUGUCAGUGACAACAGGGACAGCACCAAUGUCUACAACAUCAACAUCACCAGCAUCUUCAACACAACCACAACCACCACCAUCCACACCGGUCCACAUACCCUAUAAAAUUGACUGGAUAUUCGAACGCUUAAAAAAUCCCACAGGAGUUUGGUAUAUAUGUAGUCAACUAGCAAUAUUUGCCGUAGGAUUAUUUAGCAAAUUUGUUUUGGGUUUUAUGAAUAAAACGCGCGUUUACAACAAAGAAAGACUGAUAGAAGCCGUAGCAAAUAGACCUUCAGGUGUACCUUUAGUAACUGUAUCAAAUCAUCAUUCGUGUUUCGAUGAUCCAGGCCUAUGGGGUGUUUUGCCAGUACGUUAUGUGUGUAACACCUUCAAAAUUCGAUGGUCUAUGGCUGCUCAUGACAUCUGUUUCACCAACAAAUACCACUCAUGGUUCUUUAUGUUUGGAAAAUGCAUCCCUGUUGUAAGGGGUAUAGGUGUAUAUCAAGAUGCCAUUAAUUUGUGCAUACAAAAAGCCAGAUUGGGCCAUUGGGUUCAUGUGUUUCCCGAGGGCAAGGUUAACAUGACCAAAGAGGAAAUGCGCCUAAAAUGGGGCGUGGGUCGUAUUAUAUACGAAUCGACAAGAGUACCUAUUAUAAUACCCAUGUGGCAUGAGGGCAUGGAUGAAGUGCUGCCAAAUGUGGAACCCUACAUACUGAAAUGGGGUAAAAAGGUCACACUGAACGUGGGAAAACCCAUAGAUAUGAAUGAUUUCAUUGACGAUUUAAAGUGUAGAGGAGUUCCUGAACCAGAAGCUAGAAAACUAAUAACUGACAAGAUUCAAGACGUUUUUCAUAACUUACGCUUAGAAACAGAGGCCCUACAUAAAAAACGCGACUAACGUGUCUCUUAGCUUAAUUUAUCAUCUUCAAUCAAGUGCAAAACUCGAAGGUUUAGUUUUACUUAUUGGCAUUUAUGAUAAGUAAAAGGGCUAUUAUGUUAUCUUAACAAAUUCUUAGAAAUCUUUGCUUCUUAAAACAGAGCAGCAACAUAAAGGCAGGAAAUUUUGAUUAAGCAUUUGUUUCCAAACGAUGCCAUAGAGUUUAUGUUUUCUAUUUUUAAUUAGAAAAAUUAUUGCAAUACUCUUAAAUUAUUUAUAUUUUUUACAUAAUUAGGUAAACAAACGAUUUUGUGUUAUGAAAUUAAGCUAAAUGUGAGCUAUAUACAUUUGUUAUUUUAUAUUAUUAAAUAAAUUGUAAAUACUAACAAAGAAAUUAAAGAUUAAAUACCUCAAAA